AAUACAAAUGGGAUCCCUUGUAGCUAGGCUUGUGGGCCUUAACCUAUUGAAGAGUUAUAAAAACUUGUGGAAAGCCCAUCCUUUGUAAGACCAGGCUUGGAGGCCUUGAGAGGCAUGCUGUGGACGUGGGCACGGACAUGGACAAGUAGCAUGGCAAGGACAACAAAAAUGAAAGCCAGCUUCCAACGGUAGUGAUGUAACCAAAGCAGGUGUCAAACUGGAUCUUGCAUUGUUAAGCAGUCAAGAUUUCAAAAGAAAGAAACAAUGAUGCCCUAUUUAUUACAGAAAGACACACAGGCAACCCCCCAAAACUCAAAAGAAAAGAUGCUCCCAUUAAAGCUGGUACGAGAAGCCAUUACCCAACACCCUUUGCUUGUCUCCCAGAAAACUCACCAUCAUACUAAAUUCAACCUUGAAGGAGAUAAUGAUGAUGUCUCCAGACCUAGCUUUUACAAUUUUUAUUAUCAUUCCUCAAAAGCAACAAAACCCAAACCCAAACCCAAAACCAAAAUCCCAUUGCUUCUCUUUCUCCCCACGAAAGAAGUAAUUAGCGACAUAUACAGGUUAGCCACCAUUGCUAGAGAAAUGGGCAUGGAUUUGUAUCCUACUCCUUCCCUUUCGCACAUCAUUUUCUCUUACUCUUCUUCUUCUUCUUCUUCUUCUUCUUCUUCUUCCUCUUCUUCUUCUGCCUUGUCUCUCUCAUCUUCUUUUUCCAUGCCUUUACCCAACGAUGCAGUUUUAAUUUCCUUCCCCUCACUCUCUUCCUCCUCCCUUUCCCACCUUCGUUCCUUUGUUUCCCUCUCCAAAGGCCUUUUCAAGCUGGUUUUUAUCACCACCGGCUCUGAUUAUGAUGCAAAAUUUGAUGAUUCCCGCAACUGGGAUUGCUGCUCCGUUUCUCUGUUUUCAAGGUUGACGGGGGAUAGGAUCGAAUCAAUGCAGGCUUUUUCAAAAGCUUUAGCUGGAAUGGGAUGGACCCUCUUCAGUACAAGGAAAAACCCAUCUCUAUAUUCUGCUAAUACCACUACCAAAUCGGUUUACUUGUUUAAGAAAGUGGAUUCGGGUCGGGUUUGGGGACGGAGAGGGAAUGGAGAACGCAGGAUAAGAGAGCUGAGGUUGCCUUCAUUGGAUUUCAGGAAUGCUCCUUUGAAGAUUUUGCAGUAUGUUGUUUUGAUGACUGAUGAUGUUUUUUAUCUUGGAUAAAAACAAAUGAAAUGGGGAGUUGAACCACCAUGAGCUUCCUGUGUAACCUCAAGCUUUAGAGAAAGAUGAAAUUAUAGAAUGUUUAUAUCUUUUAAAGGGAAUAUAAGUUCAUACCAUUGGACACAAGCACAAGUUAUGCACUGGUUUGCAUGUUGCAUGAACUCAAGCACGCAUGUAUUACAUUUUGCACACAAUUGGAUCUGUCUAUUAAUAGUUAAGUUCCCCAUGAAAUGUCUUUUUACGUUGCAUUUCCACUUUAAUUUGUGCCAUUAUACUUGAUCCUCAUUGUCAUGACUCUAGUACAAAGUUAGACAUGACUAACACAUACGCUUAAAUUUUCAAGAAAAUUUAACAUGUAGAAGGGAUUGCACUCAACAUUUGAGGAGGCUGGAGUCUGUACUUCAUUCCUGUUAUGAGUUUGAACGAGCAACCAACACAGUUCACUUCCAUACUCUUGUUUGAUGUAUAUUUUCUUGAGUUUAUUAUGCUAAAACUUGGACAUCAUGAGUUUCAAAUAUUGCAACCAAGAAUAUGACAUUGACAAUGUUUAUUUUGAUAUGUUAAGUUUCUUAGAGAUUAUUAAGAAUGGGAUCAAAAGAUUGACUAUUUGUCAUUGUAGCAUUCAAGGAUUAGUGGUUAAGGUACAGUAAGUUUAGCAUCUACAUAAAGCAUAACAUCCAUGGAAUCCCUUUCUUUCAAUCUCCAUUAGCAGUUCAUUUUUGUUUAUGCUCCUCAAGCUAGACUCUAAUGAGAGUCCAUUGUUUCCCAAUUCUCUUCAUAGCCGAAAUAUAUUGUCAAAACAGGUCAAAUGAAUUCGGUUAUCUGCUUCAACUUGCUUAGAAAUUUUGUUCAGCUUACUGAAAUUAAGUCACUGACUCUCUGUCCUGGAUGACACUUCUUGCUCCAGUGUCGUUUUGUACCCAAAAACAAAGGCAUUAUGUUUUUUCACGCUUCUUUACAAGUCACAGCUGCUGCUACGAGUCCAGAGCCACUAUUUUUGCAUUGCAGGGUUGUGAUAGCCUGACCGAGAUGAUAUACUGUCAACUAUGAGCUUGGUUAGCUUUGCUUUAUAAAGACU